AUGGCGGAAGUGAGUUAUGUUCGAAAUCCUUACCCGGUGCCCGAUGUUGUUCGCGAGGGAACGUGGAUCCAACGACCUGUACUGGGUAAUAAAGUUUCGCCGAACGAUAAACGCUGGAGCGCCAACUUAAAAUCUUACGAACGUCUCUUUGCUCAUCAUACCCUGAAUAGUAUACGGAAAGACGCUAGACUUAUGAGAUUACAGGAACCGAACGAUGCACUUGAUUUGGCGCUGACAACCGUGUACGUUCACAGUAAAGACACACUGGUGCCCAAAGUGUACGUUACUAUGCAACCGGAAGCAUUAGGACAAAAGACAUGGCGCGUUUUGAAAAAUCAGAUCGAAGUAAAGUAUAGUAUAACAUCAAAAGGCGAGGAUGAUCCCGUGUCAUUGUUACUAGAGAGAUCGCAUUGUUAUCGUGGCCCAGUGGCAGAGAGAAGAGGUCAUCCGAGUAACGUGAAAUUGAAUAUCACCGGUCCACACUCGGUUCAAUCUAAUCCCGGAUACAGUCGCAAAAUCGACGGAACUUUUUACAGUAUUUAA